AUGCGAGUAUGGAUAGCGUCGUUGAUAUUCUAUGUAUUUGUAUUCGCUGUUUGCGAAGCCCUCCGUACGACCAUUGUUUGUGUUCUGCCAAAGCGGCUCUCGGCCGAAUUGCUUCUUGAGUUUGUCGGUACACUUCAAAUUUGCACACCAAUGUUCGACGUGAACACGGUGCUCGACACCUACGGCCUGUUCGGCGUGUUCAUCGAGAUCACCGUCAUCGAACUCGCCAACUGCUACUUCCAGCGGGACGCGAUCGCCAAUCCGUGUCCGAUCAACGAGGUUCUGUUUCCGGUGACGUCGUGCUACCGGCGAUCGAAGGCCAUUCGACGUGCCAUCUACUUGUUCCUGACGCAGAUGUCAGCCGCCUACGUCUCGUUCUUCAUCGCUCGGUCGUUCUGGAGGCUCGGCAUACAUCCGAUCCACUUGGAACUUCUUGCUGCUGAGCACUGUACAGCCGAUCUUACGACAGCGGUGACUAUCGGAUGUCUCAUUGAGGGCGGAGCUACAUUUUUAGGUAGAGCUUUCGACAAAUUUGCUGGCGAAAACUUCGAGGACAUGUGGGUGUGCAACAUCGUGUCGUGUGUCUUCAGCGGAUUCAUCUGUGCUCUGGGAAUAAAUUACACUGGAAUGUACGCCAAUCCUCUGGUAGCAUGGGCUUGUACGUUUAAUUGCGAAGGUCUGACCCAUGUUGGUCAUCUGCUAAUCUACUGGCUUUGUCCACUCAUUGGAUGGUGA